GGAAAUGGUACGCCAUAUGUGUUUUGUCUACAAAGUGAAAUAAUCGAUUUUAGCAGACGCGAAAGUUUUUCAAAAGAUUUCUUAAAAUUUCAUAAAAAAUAAAACACUAACUCAAAAAUCUUAGAAGACAGUCAUCCUAGAAUAAAUUUUCAAUGAAGUGUUGUGCAGAGUUCGUUUGAUUACCGUUAAAUUAACGAAACGCGAAAUGUAGCUGCAUAAGCCUACAAAGAAAUUUGAGACGAUUUUAAAAACAAUUUUCGGAGUAAAAGUGAAAAUGAACAUCUCAUUGCCUCCCCCAACACCACUACCCGUGUGAAUUAGAUAACAGUGUAGAGUAUUGUAGUAAAGCUUAUCGCACACCAUUCCCUCUGCCAUAAGACAUCCAAGCAAGUUGGGGAAAACAUCAUCACCACCACCACCACCAAACUAAAACUGCCAUCUGCACUCUAGAACAACAACACCACAGCCAACACAAACAUCUACUGCGCUCCUCCAAACCUACUCAACUCCAACCGAGUCUCACAUUACUAUCGCUACCGCUCUAGGGAGAUAGAAAUCGUUAUCCAAACAGCACCGCCGCACCAUAUAAUAAUAUAAGUGCCCGUCAUAAUGUCCAAACCACCCACAGACACUUCGGGUCUGGGCUACUCAUACCACCUGCCCUCUGGUGGUUUACUUUUACGUCUAAAGAAUUCCCUCUCACAAUUUAGCGAUCUAUUCAGUGAGUUCAAUAGAUACAUAGCGCCGGCCUAUCAUCAUGACCGUUGCGAACGUUCCGUGCACAUGCGUCUGUACUCGAUGCAGAAACGUGAAUUUGUUAUGGUCUUUUUGGGAUUUCUCAUCUGUUUCGGUUUGGCCAUAGUAAUUGGUCUCACCGGACCACCCAUCACCAGUACAUCGGAGAUCACAGCCAAAAGUAUAUUGGCAAAUACAACAUUGGCUAAAAGCAAAACGGUAUUGGCUACAGGGCCGUUUGCAAUGAAAUCACCACUUAUGACCACAUACUCACAACAACUGUGGCUGAUUGCCAAAUUGGUGACGGACAAUAACGAUGAUGAGAAAUAUGAUAAGAGUUUCCAUGUGAGCGUCGCCAUUGAUGGUAUAACCGAGCAGCACAAGCCUUUGAGUAUACUACGCGCGGACUCGGUUCGUAAUCGUACACGGCAUUUGUCUUGUGUACGUAACGAUUGUGAGGAGUUUACGAUACUGCAUUUGGGAUUCCUGGAGUACGCCCAUUAUAUAAUCACUGUGCGUUUUUAUGGACUGGAGUCAUUUCACCAGAAGUAUAAUAUACGGAGUAUAACUUUUUACUUCAAGACCUAUAGUCCCGAAUUUACACAAAUCGAAAUAUGGUUCCGCUUCAUAUUCCUGUUAUUCACCUUUAUCGUUAUUUGUUGGUAUGCGCACACCCUGCGCAAAUAUCCCAUCUACGAUUGGUCCAUCGAACAGAAAUGGAUGUCCAUAUUGCUACCGUUGCUUCUCUUGUAUGAUAAUCCCCUCUUUCCUUUGAUUUUCCUAAUGAACUCAUGGUUCCCCGGCAUGCUGGAUGCAGUGCUGCAGGCCACAUUCCUCUGCUCCUUGCUAAUGUUUUGGCUGUGUAUCUAUCAUGGUCUGCGCCAGAAUGAAAGACGUUUUAUACGUUUCUACUUGCCCAAGAUCAUUGUUAUACUACCGAUAUGGCUGUGCGCCAUUGUACUGGCUACUUGGGAGAAAUGCAAUGAGUUGCGUGAUCCCACCUACAGUCACUUUGUGGAUACGCGAAAUUACAAUGGCUUCAAACUGUUCUUCUUCAUUGCUGGCUGCAUGUAUAUAUUGUAUUUGGCCUUAUUAGUAUUACGCGCCUAUACAGAACUCAGAUCGAUGCCUUACUUUGAUAUGCGCCUGAAAUUCCUGACGCUGCUCAUGCUCUUUGUCAUCUCGAUUUCUAUAAUCGUUACAACGUGUCGCUUUGGCUUCGGCAUUUUGGAGGAUAAUUUCGUGGCCACUCUCAAUACCACCUAUCACAGUUCAGCGCAAUUCAUGUGCUUUUAUGGUCUGCUUAAUUUCUAUUUGUACACCAUGGCUUAUGUGUAUUCGCCCAAUGGACGAUUUUCACAAGAGAUCUCUGUUACCAAAGAUAAUCCCGCAUUUUCGAUGAUUAACGAUUCUGAUGAGGAGGUUGUAUAUGGAUCUGAGGAUGAAUCGCGACGACCUCUAACUGUUGGCAACAAAAAUGAUUAUGACAGUGAUUAAAUAGCAAUGACAUAACUAUAUAUAUGUAUGUACAUAUGUAGGUUGCUAUUAAUAAU